UUUGAAUAUCAAAUUCCCACUUACUACUUCCCUCCUAAAGAAGGUCUAUUCACUCCACUGGUUUCGAUGAGAAAGGGUGGCACAAUCAACACUUAUGAAGAGGCCAGAAAACAAAGACUUGAAGAAAACAAGAAGAGGUUUGAGGAUUUGGGAAUUUCAAGGAUUUCAAAAAAUUUGACUGAGAUCACAAGUUCUGCAAAGAAGUCAGGGCAUCAUGUUCAUAAACCGAAACCAAAGAAGUCAAAUGGUGAAGUGGAACCUAGGCAAUCUUCUCGUGUGCGGAACCCAGUUCCUUCGUACAGAGAAGAUGUGAGUAUACACCUUCCAGCUUUGCGGAAGAGAUCAAUAUCUUCAACACGGGGAAGUUACACUGCGAGGCCUUUAGAUGAAAUCAAAGAAGCUACAGAAGAGGAAAGACUUUAUGCUCUGGAGGCUGCGGAGGCACUCCAAAUCAAUUUGAACUCUUCAUAUCCCUCAUUUAUCAAGUCGAUGCUUUGGUCUCACGUUUACAGGGGCUUUUGGUUGGGUCUUCCUUCUAAAUUUUGUGAGGAACAUUUUCCAAAAACUGUGUGUGACAUGAUUUUAGAAGAUGAAAACGGCUCAGAAUACAAGGCUGUUUACAUAGGCAACAAAAGUGGACUUAGCGGUGGUUGGAGAGCAUUUGCAUUGGAUCAUAAACUGGAUGAUGGAGAUGCCCUUGUUUUUGAAUUGAUUGAACCAUCGAGAUUUAAGAUUUAUAUUGUAAGAGCAUAUCCAAAUUUAGUUGAAGAAAAGGGAAAUGAUAUUUUAGUUGGAGAAGGAAAUAUGCAUGCAACUAAAGUACGGAAAGCAAAAUGUAAUCUUGAGUCAGAAUCCAAGACUAAAAAGCCAAAACGGGCAGCCUCAUGUGAUACUAAUGAAUCAGAGAGUUCUCAGGAGCAUAUCGACAAAAAAGUCAAGCCACAAGGUGUAAAUCCAACUAAGCAAACUAGAAUCUCUAAGAAAAAAACACAAAAGAAAUCUAUACUUUUGGCUACCACAGAUUUGAAAGGGAAAGUGCAAUUGAAAACUGAAAAACCCGUGGUGUCUCUAGUGCUGUCAAAGAAGACAAAAGUCAAAGGGUAUUAACGGAACUCACGAUUCAGGCAACUUAGAGAAGAAACUUUGUGUUCAUGAUGCUGAUAGCAAGUUAGAAAAGGUUGAAGAAGCAAGCAAGUGUAGAAAAAAACCAGCUUCAAAGUAUAUAUAUAUAUAUAUAUAUAUAUAUGGAGUGUAUUAUGAUAUCUUGUAUGUUUGUCUUUUCUCCUGUAAAGGAUGUGUUAGGUCGCAAUCUUGACACUUCCAUCUAUGAAUGCUGGAAGUUGCUGAAAACUGUUUUACUGUUUUUUUGUACUAAACUCUAGUUCAUGAUUUAUCAAAAUGUUGGUCCAAAUAUUUAUGGAUUAA